CGCCCUCAGAAGUCAGGAUAUUCCUGAUAAAUAGUGUCCUCCAGACGCCGGGUUGACUAGGACCACGAAUCCCAAGCUGGAUCCGGGAGGAACAUCACAAGUGCCUGAUUUGAGUCCCAGGAACGUGGCAGACACUGCCCCGUGUGCAGAGUUAUCGUUGCUUCUGAGAAACGGGGACAAAGCAGGUGACAGUACCAUGGGAUCCCUACCGGAAGAAAAAGACAGUGCUUUGUGGUCAGACACCCCCAAGGGCCCUCUUAGUGCCUACCGAGCAAGAGCCUCCUUCAACUCUGGGGAGCUGCUGCUCUUUUGGGACGGCCAGGAUGUAAUCCACUUCAAGAAAACCAUCUUCUCAACUUUGGAGAAUGACCCUCUCUUUGCCCGCUCGUACGGGGCCGACCUGCCCCUAGAGAAGCUACGAGAACUGAACUUCCUUCGCUGCAAGAGGGUCUUUGAGUAUGGCUUCUUCAAAGUAGAGGAACUGCUAAAGAACCCCCUGAAGAUUCUAGUGCUGAUUAACUGCCUGGGCAUGUACGACUGGUCCCUGGCCAACAAAUGCGUCCUCCACAUGUUGGUUUUUGGAACCACAGUUUUCGUUUCUGGUUCUGAGAAGCAUUUCAAGUACCUUGAGAAGAUCUAUAGCCUGGAGAUUUUUGGCUGUUUUGCUCUCACCGAACUGAGUCAUGGGAGUAAUACCAAGGCCAUGCGAACGACAGCUCACUAUGAUCCUGAUACUCAGGAAUUCAUCUUACAUUCCCCGGAUUUCGAGGCUGCCAAAUUUUGGGUGGGCAACCUGGGCAAGACGGCAACUCAUGCGGUGGUGUUUGCCCAACUGUACAUGCCAGACGGCCAGUGCCACGGGCUGCAUUCCUUCCUGGUGCAGAUCCGUGACACGAAGACCCUGCUUCCCAUGACGGGGGUGAUGGUCGGUGACAUUGGGAAGAAGCUGGGGCAGAAUGGCCUGGAUAAUGGGAUGUCCGGCAGCGUUUGGGCGCAUCAUUGGGCAGCCUGUCCUCAGGACGCAUCUCCAUCAUCAGCAUGUCUGUGGUCAACCUGAAGCUGGCCGUGUCCAUAGCCAUCCGGUUCUCGGCCACACGGUGUCAGUUUGGACCCACGGAUAAGGAAGAGAUUCCUGUCCUUGAAUAUCCACUGCAGCAAUGGCGCAUACUUCCGUACCUGGCGGCUGCCUAUGCCUUGGACCACUUCUCUAAGACAAUCUUCAUGGACUUGAUAGAGGUGCAGAGUGCCCGGCUCAGGGGAGACCACAGCGACCAGCAGGCAGAACUCGGACGUGAGAUCCAUGCUCUGGCAUCGGCUGGCAAGCCUCUAGCCUCAUGGACAGCCCAGCGGGGUAUCCAGGAGUGCCGUGAGGCGUGUGGGGGACAUGGCUACCUGGCCAUGAACCGGUUUGGUGACCUCAGAAACGACAACGACCCAAACUGUACCUAUGAAGGUGACAACAAUGUCCUGCUGCAGCAGACCAGCAACUACCUGCUCAGCCUCCUGGAGCCUCCUCUCCAAGACGGAGCUCACUUCACAAGCCCUCUCAAGACCGUGGACUUUCUGGAAGCCUAUCCUGGAAUCUUGGGCCAGAAGUUCCUGGGCUCCAGCAAGGCUGACUGGAUGGACUCAGCAGCCCCCCUGGCAGCCUACCGCUGGCUUGUUUGCUACUUGCUCCAAGAGAGCCAUCGGAGAUACUGCCAAGAGAAAAAGUCCAGAGGCAGUGACUUUGAAGCAAGAAACAACAGCCAGGUGUACGGCUGCCGGCCCCUGGCCCUGGCCUUCAUGGAACUCACCGUGAUGCAGCGAUUCCACGAACAUAUACACAGCUCCGGUCUGUCUCCAUCUCUGCGGACUGUGCUCGGGCGGCUCAGCACGCUCUACGGCCUGUGGUGCCUGAGCCAGCACAUGGCCCUGCUCUACCGAGGUGGCUACAUUUCUGGGGAACAAACAGGAAGAGCGAUGGAGGACGCCAUCCUGACCCUGUGUGAGCAGCUGAAAGACGAUGCGGUGGCCUUGGUAGAUGUCAUCGCCCCCUCCGACUUUGUUCUGAACUCCCCAAUUGCCAAAGCUGAUGGUGAGGUAAGGGGAAUGCCCCCUGUGGCCGCUGAGGACACAAUUUCCUGGAAAUUGUCAUACUUGGGGAGCUUUCUGGGGACAAGAGAAAUCAGGUGGUGUCACAGUUCUUUGCCACUCCUGCUCUGUGUCUUGGAUCCCAUUCCUGACCACCAGCCUUCACCCCACAGAACAGGGAAGUUGCACCGUUGUCCUGGAGUGACAUACAGGUCCCAGCCUCCUCCAUCCCUCCAUGCCUGCUGUCCACAUGGGCCCUACAGCUCAGUCACAGACAUGGCGUCAGAGCCAUAAAUUUGACAAAACAGCUACCAUUAGCCACCCUGGCCCUGGUCUUUGUGGUCAGACAUGACCCCAUCUGCUUGGUCUAUUUUUAAAACCCUGGCAUCUUCAAGUUCUCCUCUGCUCUGCCCUCCAACCACAGUUGACUACCCCUUGGCCAUUCCAGCUAUGGGGCCAUUGCCCCUCUGUGCCUACCUCUACAGCCCCACAGCCCUUGGUGAGCUCCCUGGUGUUCACUGGCUACCAAAUUCUAGCAUGGCUUGUUCAGAAGCAGUUAGUGGGCUUAAGCCUCACCCGAGGUGCAACUGGCCUCUUCUUCCCCCGCCUGCACCUUCCUGCCCUGUUUGACACCCCACCACAAGGUGAUGCCCAUGUAGGGAGACGUCCACAGACUGGUGUUCUGAAGUGCCUUGCUAUCCCUGGGCCUAUACCCCUCUUAUUCUGCCAGCAUGACCUUGCAAGGUGUUCCAGCUAUGUGCCGGAGGCCUGAUGGUUGUGAGCUGUGGGACAGGUUUAAUCUUAUCCACUCCAGGGCUGUGGUGGCUUGCUGUGAGCUGGCGAUCAAUGGUGAGGACAUGGAGUCCGCUGUCCUCAGACAGCACUCUGGACUCAGCGCUUCACAAGCCUGUGAGGGCCCUGUCUGGGGGGUCUGAACCCCCAAGAUUGGUACACUCAGGCUAUACAUGUGCAUUGGAGUGGGCAUCCAGGGAGCAGAUGUGAGCCAGGGCUGGGCAGGUUCCCAGGUGCACCAGGAGUGUGUACAGGCAGGGCCGGUAGCCCACAGGGUGUGCACCACACCGUUUUUUAUGAUCAGAGCCUAAGGUGCAGAACAGCCUGCCCUGUGGUCCAUGCAUAGCAGAGCCAGCUGUGGACAGAGAUCUGGGUCCUGUGUUAGAACUGAUAGACAAGGAACUUUGAGUAUGAAGAGAACACUGGGGAGUAAGGCUUGCCUCAAUUGCCUCCCCCCCCCCCACACACACGCAGGUCGACUUCUCAGGCAUUUGCAGACAGGACCUUCUUGGUAGGACCACCACAUGCAGGGCCUGUUGCCUGCAGAAGGAACUGAGCACAUGCUCUCUGGUCAAGAACUGCUAGAGGCAGAGAGGAUGGAGAGGAACUUGUGUUUCUGAGUGCUGCAGCUCAGUCCGUGGUGGCGAGGUCCUGCCUGGCAGGGUGACUGCACACACUGUUCAGCCUAAGGAAGCAGUGCCCCCUUCCCAGGCCCGCCCAGCAGGCAUGGCUUCAGGAGUGCAAGCUCAGCACCGUGGAACAUGGCCAAGUUCACACCACGUGGACGAGCAGUCAGGUCUCUUAGGCAGGAGGGCAGCUUUAUGGCAAUGUUGUGGCUCUACCCUAGCUGCGUCUGCCCAAGGUGUCCAUUGUCCGCAGCAGGUGUCAGAUCUGGCCAGGUAUGAUCUGGACCUGCCUCCUGCAUGGCAUCCAUUCCGUCUUCCUCUGAGGAAUUGAGACUAAGAACAGCUAAGACCCCAGUGGGGCCACCGGGGGCCCACGUUCCCACCCCUGCCCCAGCCUCCUGCUCUUCAGCCAUACCUGGCUUGUGCAUCCUGAGCUGUAGGGUAACUGGGGACAGGGCUCAGAGAAGACAGACCGUGGGAGGUGAGGGUGGAGGUGGGGGAAGGGUAUAGAUGUAGGCGUAGCCGCUAUGGGAAUAUCCCAGUAGGGGAUGGCUCCCAUCAGGCUUGCUUUUAUGGCACUUUAUAAUCAAAUUUGCUUAAUUAUUUCCUACCAAAAAAAAUAAAAGGCUUAUAUAAUUAAACGUACAUCAUCAUAACAUUUCCUAAAAAGUGACAGUGGAGAAUUUCCUGUUCUCGAGACGAGAGGACAUCACCCUGGCCACUUGUCCUCUGAGGACUCCGCUGGUCCCUGCCUUUCACCUCUACAUGGUAUGUCUCCCGCAGCUCUAUAAAAACCUGUGGGCAGCUGUCCUGCAGCAGAAUGGUGUGCUAGAGCGUGCCGCCUGGUGGCCCGAGUUCUCUGCCAACAAAUCUGUAGCCGACAGGCUAAAGUCCCAGCUGUAGACACAGUUGGAGGGGCGGUUACAGCAGGAACAGCUGAUCCAGAGGCCUGGACCCAGACACAGAGCUCCAAGAGACACCCAGAUGCCUACGCUGAAAACCACUGACAUUACAGCUUCUCCUCGACCCUGGUCAGCCUGUUGUACCCAUCCUCAAAUGGGGUAUUUGCGAGGGAUUUGCACAGUGUGUCUCCCUGAGGGCCUUGGAAUUUAACAAAGGACUUAGUUAUGCUAUCUCAGGGCUCAGAUAGGAAGGUAAAGUCAGGGCUCACAAUGAAAGCCUUCUGCUGAAGUGAACUUUGGGAUCCGUGGAAGAUUUUUGAGACACACUCUUCUCUCUGCUGCUGUCUGAUUCUUUAACCCUGCUGUGGGGUGGCCAUACUUCUCUAUACCUGCCAUUUACUCCUCUGUACCAUGAACCAUCAGAAUGAUGUAAUUUGAAGAUCUUUAUGGGGAAAAAAAUGUUUUAUUAACUCCUCUGGUGGCACCAGAAGUUUCCGCUGAGAAAAAUGCUCCCACAGAAGACGUGCAUGGUGGUGGGGACCACAGACACAUCCCGCUGUGUCAGUGACUGCUUGGCAGUGGCUUUCAUCCUUCAGCAAAUUCACACACGGCAUGACCCUGCUACACUGGCCAUAGCCAGACCCUCGUACUUCUGAAAGACAUAGAUGCCACCCCUUCCUGCCAUAGGCAGGAUCCCACACCAUUCGCUUUCUGAUGGGCUGUUCUGAGCCCCAGGCGCUUGCUCAGCCUGAGAGCCUCUCUCUUCACCACCUGUUCUUCUUGGUCAUACACACACACCGCCCUGGCUCAGCAUCCUCCCAGAGUCCUACCCCAGUUGAAUAGGGGCCUGCCAGCUGGAGUCCCUGUAAAACAUGAGAGCCAUGUGUCCACAGAUGACGCCUUCCACCUGGAUCCAUGGCUUUUCCCAACAACGAGGACUAGGUCUUAGGUCCUUUUGGGUCCUCGCUGCUCUUGGAAUCUCUACCCUCCCACCCUGCCAGGCAGUGGUCACCUCAGCCACCUAUUUAUCUGACCAUACUUUUGCAUGGGAGCUUGGUUACUGUACUGUCUGAUUGGAGACUGACCAGUAUGUCACAAGAAGUGUCCACGGCCAGUAGAAUGCUGCAUUAAGAUACGUCACAUGGUCCCCAGGGUCAGGCAGCCCUCUGGUGGCCAAGGUGCCAGCAGAUUUCAAAGUAUAGACAAAUGGAUCUUUAGCUAUAGCUUCUGAGAGGAGGGAGAGUCAGUUUUCUUUAAGAGCCACUGGUAUGUUGAGCAUGCUCCAUUGCGUGCCCACACACGCAAGAGCAUAUGGGUGGCACAGAGUGGACUUGAUGGCUUUUUUUUGUCUUGUAAUAUGUGCACAUAUAUGUUUUCAUAUCUACCAACUGGGUAUAUCUUGGUCUCUGGGGUAGGGACUGGCUCUCUGGACAACCAGACUUAGAUGGGUGAUAUCACAUGACUUCUAGAAAUGAAUGGUGUAUCCUGGUCCCUGCUCCUGUGUGUGUAUACUCCCCUCCUCAGUCCCAAGGGUGAGGCAGGUGGCAUGUGGGGGCCUAUGGGUAGAGGCUACAUUAUUGAAACAAACUUGAAAAGGUCCCAUAAAAAUGAAACAUUUGUAAGCAGCAGGAAAGACUUGAAUAAUUGCAAUAAAGUGUUGAAAUUGAA